UCUACAUCAAAUUCUACAUUUCGUAAACAAACAUCAGGCGAGAUAGACGUGGUGAUAUAAAUAUUGUAAUUUAUUUUUAGAUUAAAGUACCUACAGAUACGAGUGAUAAAUUAAACUAAUCUGAGAUUAGUGAUAUCUUAUCAGUGUAUUCAAUAAUUGAUAGCAAUUGAUCCGCAUUAAAUAGAGGUGUUGUUCACCAGUUCCGUCUUUGUGUUAUUAUUGGUACAUGUAAAACAGUGUCGAUUUGGUGUGGUGAAAAUUUGAUGUGAUAUAAUGAACUUGUCCUUUGCUGGUUGUGGAUUCCUUGGGAUCUAUCACGUGGGCGUAGCAGUUUGUUUCAAGAAAUAUGCUCCGCAGCUUCUGCUAGGAAAAAUUUCGGGUGCCUCUUUCGGCGCGCUCUCAGCUUGUUGUUUACUAUGUGAUCUCCCAAUAGGUGAACUCACUAGUGAUGUGCUACGGGUCGUCGGUGAAGCGAGGGCUGGGUCCUUAGGCCCCUUUAGCCCUUCAUUCAACAUACAGAAUGUCCUCCUUGAGGGCAUGGAGAAGUACCUGCCGCAUGACGUUCACAAAAUCGUCAGCGGCAGGUUACAUAUAUCCCUCACAAGGGUAUAUGAUGGACAGAAUGUCAUAGUGUCAGAAUUCCCUACCAGAGAGGACCUAUUACAGGCCCUACUAGCCUCAUGUUUCGUGCCAGUAUUCUCGGGGAUGCUCCCGCCCCGCUUCCACGGCAUCCGCUACAUGGACGGCGGCUUCAGCGACAACCUGCCCGUUCUGGACGAGAACACCAUCACAGUCAGCCCAUUCUGCGGCGAGAGCGAUAUAUGCCCAAGGGACUUGAGCUCACAGCUGUUUCACGUAAACGUGGCAAACACAAGCAUAGAACUGUCAAAGCAGAACAUCAAUCGUUUCGCGCGCAUUCUAUUCCCGCCAAAACCUGAGGUCCUCAGCAACAUGUGCAAACAAGGCUUCGACGACGCCUUGCGGUUCCUGCAAAGAAACAAUAUGAUAUCCUGCACGCGUUGCCUUGCGGUACAGACAACCUUCCAGCUGCAGGACGUGCUGGAUGACAGGACCUUCGAGUAUGACCCUCAUUGUGAAGAAUGCAAGACUCACAGACAGGACGCGUUAGUCGACGACUUGCCCGACACAGUGAUGACAAUAUUCCAAAACGCAAUCGAUUCCGCCAAUUCGGGGCUGGUCAACUGGGUGAUGAGACAGCGCGCCAUGCGGUACCUCUCAGUGCUUACCCUGCCCUACCGAGUGCCCAUCGACGUCAUGUAUGCUACAUUCACCAAAUUCGUAACAUGCACUCCGAAGAUGAGCAAGUCCCUGUGGAGGCUGAGCCUGACGCUUGUACAACAACUACACGGGUUCCUGUACUCCGCGCACGACCAGUCCCAAGCGGCGAAGAUAUAUUACAAACUCGCGAUAGAUUCCAAGGUCGAACCCAGCGACUACCAGCUCGAUCGCAGACGAGCGAGCGAACUCCGCGUCACUUACAGCGACCGCGCGGCCUGUGACGAGUCCGACACCUUCGACCACAUCCUCAACGUGACCACACAGAACGACGCCUUGCUGGCCUACUACUACCUGGAUGAUGAGAACAAGAUGAAAAUUACAGAGAUAUACGACGUGACCGAGGCGGACACUGAUGCGGUACAGUCGCCUACAGAGCGUGACGUCAACAAGCAAUUGGAAUUCGACAACGACUGGUCCGCGGAGCUCUUAGCACAAGAUGAUGAUUUAGACCUAGAAGACACGUUGUCGGACCGCAACAUAUUCUCCGACCCGGAGAGCGAGUGGGCCGGCCGGAGAUCGUCCAACAGUUCCGAGAGCGACGACGAACAACCGGAGUCCGAUCAGAGACUUUUAGAGCAAAUAGACUGCGAGCGGCUGGCGAAGACCGUGAACAAGCGAGCGGUGAUCCUGACCAACUUCAUGCUGAGCAACGUGAUCGAGGCGACCUCUCAGAUGCUGUCCGACACCACGCUGCUCACCACGUUGCUUAUUGAAGGCCUCCCGCUCAAGAUACCCUACCUCAACCCGCUCUGUGAGGCGUUGCUCACGAACAGUUCCCUGCAACACUUGUACUUCCCGCGCUGUUUGCUCGGCGACGUGGGGUGCUUGGCUGUCUGCAAGGCAGUGAGGUGUCUCCCCAACAUCCUGACCCUCGACUUGUCUGGCUGCGAACUGACUGCCGUUGGCGCUGGAUACGUGGCCGAUUUGGUGAAGUACCAGAAAAUCCACCGGUACAGCGAGAACUGGACGCACACGCUGCGCUACAGGAUGCCAGAACUGGACGCGAUGGCUGGUCUCCGCCGCAUCACGCUGUGCAACAACCCGCAGCUCGGGGACUUGGGCGUCAGCAAACUGCUCGAAGUCAUGGCUGACGACUUAUGGAUCAAGGCUUUGGACGUUCAAGCGUGCGGGCUCAGAGAGCAGACAGCGAACGAUGUGAUAGAAAUGAUGAGGUCAAACACGACUGUGGUCAUCCUGGACCUCAGGCAUAACCCCGACAUUUCUGGUGACUCCCUCAGCAAAGUUCGCUCCGCAUUGAGAGAAAACGAGAGAAGAACAAACCAAGGCCAAGUCUAUUCAUGGCUUGGCAACGCGGGUGGGUGCUCUGGUGAUGGAAGAUCGGUGAAACCCGUCGCUAAUAAAAAUGGCGUCGUCAAAGAGCGAACUCGAGUACAGUCUUUAAGUAGGAAUACGGCCAAUAAAUUUAGUAAAACGACUACAACAAAUGUCAAGAAAGAUAGAGACUAUAUGGAAGAGCUAGAAGAACAAUUGCAAGAGGAAAUCUCACAUCGGCAGCAACUGGAGGAACUGAACCUUCAACUCGUGGCGCAAAUGAAACAGCUCAAACAACAACAAAUACGGCUGUGGGACAACGGCGCCACAUCCUCAGGUUCGGAGCAAUCGGUCCAGAUGAGCUCGUGCUCGGGCGAGCUGUCGAGCAGCUCGCGCUCGUCGUCGUCGGUGCCCAUCGACCACAACACGCUCUCCUACAUUCAGCAGGCGUUCAAGGACAUCUACGCUUUCAUCAAAAACAACCAGUGCGACGGUCAAUGCAUGCACGAAGCGAAGAGGAAAGACUUCGCCGAAGAACCGCCGAUCAUAGAAGAGGAUAGCAUGGCAGAAAUGGAGAAUAUGGACGACAGCCAGCUGCACAUCAACAUAGUUCCGAAGAAGGCUCAGAGUUCGCACAUCAAGAUCGCUGAGCCGGUCAAGGUGAAGAAGAUGACGAAGAGUGCGCACAUACUCGGGAACACGCCGAGAUCUACUGACACGAAGCCAGAAAUGAUCGAGAGGCAAAUGGGAGACACGAAGAAUUCAUAUGGUGACUGCGAACAGUACGCCGCGGACGAAAUGAUCGCUGCCCAGCUCAAAAUCAAAAAGAGCAGCAUGUACUCGUCGAGCAGCAGCGCGGUGUCGGACUCCAGCGACACGCUCGUGUGCUCUCCGCAGUCCGCGCGCGCGCUCGCGCCCGCCGACGUCUUCUACUCCUCCGAUGAGGACGACUGAUCUUACGAUAUAACAAUAAACUGAUUGUUUGUUUA